AUGAUAACUUGGAAACAUCUAGCCUUUUUGGCUUUCAUUUUGCAUCCUGGAUUGGCUUCUGCGAAUAACUGCUCAGCAGUCUAUGACAGAAUUCCUGUCAACAGUGACUUGACCGUUGACUGUGGGACUAAUACCAUCACAUUGGAGGUGAAUCUGUGCACUGUCCAGUGGGCUGGCUUCAAUGACACAACUCUGGCUAUGAACGGACAGCACAAUAACAGCCUGUGCCUCGGAAUCCAGGACUCCACUGUGGACCCACCUGUUGUCCGGUUUCACUUGCCGGUCAAUGACAGCCAGGAGAACCCCUGCCGGACAUCCUGGCAGAUUGUAAAUGAGGCUGCAGGGUCAGGGAUCUUCAGUGCAUUUUCCAAUAUCCAGUCGGUGGUCAUCACAGGCUUCAUUGUCACACCAAGGUCCUCCGAAGGCAUCAUCAGUUACUCCACUGACCUCUACUACCACUUCUCCUGCCGCUAUCCCCUGGAGUACUUCAUCAACAACACACAAAUUGUGGCGUCCUCUGUUUCUGUGGCAACCAAGGGGAAUAAUGGAACCUUCAUUAACACUCUCAGCAUGAGUGUCUAUAAUGAUUCUGGUUAUAAUAACCCUCUGGUAGUUCCAGAUUCAGGCCUAGCAUUGCGCACUAACGUCUAUGUUGAAGUCAAGGCUACAAACCUCACUGGAAGCUUUAACGUGAUGCUUGACCACUGCUUUGCAACGCCAUCCCCUUACAACAUGUCUGUCAGUGAACAGUAUGACUUCUUCAUUGGAUGUAACAUAGCCUCAAGAACCACAGUAGAGCUGAAUGGGCUGGAUCUUCGUUCGCGGUUCUAUUUUGAGGCGUUCCGUUUCGUGCAACACCACAGUCAGCAGAAGUCCACCCUGUACCUCCAUUGUAUUGUGCGACUCUGUGAACCAACCAAGUGCCAAGAGCUUCUCAAUGCGUGCAGCGGAAACAAUGGCAGAAGAAGGAGAGACGUCGUGGAGCCUUUUGGUGCGGAGUCACCUGAGUCAACCACUGUCUCUGUGGGACCAAUCUUCACCAGAGACAAUGCAGAUGCAGUCGACCAAGCCUCGGCUCCAGAGUCGGGUGCUCAGCAGGGUGAAAGGAGUUCGAGCAGCACAGGGUUAGCUGUCGGGCUGGUUUUCGGUUGUGGAGCGUCUGUACUACUCGUCUUAGGAGGCUGGUUUGUGGUGAAGAAGUAUUUUUUGACUGGUGGUGAAAUUGGAUCCUUUCACUAAUUCACACAGGAUUUUUUUGUGUGUUUUUACAUAUAAAACACAAAUUACAGAUCUCAUAGACUCUUGUUUGCAAAAAACACAUUCUCAUGCAACAAGAAGACACAUUUUGCAUUGUGAUGCACUUGUGAUGCAUAAUGGUAACCAGAAGUGGCAAAGGGUAAACACAGAGCCCUAGAGCAGUGGUUUUCAAAGUGGGGGCCGCGAGAGGGUGCCAGGGGGGCCUCAGCAAGUUGGAGGAAAAAAC